AGCUCCACUCUUUUGCCUAAUUUCUUAUUGCCACCAAACUUGAAUACGUGGUUCAGUUUUCGAAGCCAUGAGAGUCAGCAAUACACCAGAAACAUAGACUUUUUCAGGCUUCUUAGAGUUCCUUGUUAUUAUUUUAGUGACCAUUUUCUAUCUUUCAUUUCAGCUAUUCAUCAUUGUCCAUUGGCCAUAUAUUAUUCAUCUUUAUAUGGGAAAAAGAGAUGCAUGAGGCCCUUGUGAAUAGUUAAACUCAUAAGUUUUAGCUACUUUAAGUUGAUAAUAGGUAGUAGUGUAAUGGGGAAACAAGGGUCACAUAAAAGUCUGCGUCCAGAGUUUCAGGGUUGGCAUUCCAAAACUUUGUUGCUUCAUGGGCUGAAAAGUGAUUCUUCAAAAUGCAGUUAUUGUAGGGGGCUCAAUGUAGGGAAAAAGCACAUCAGGGCCAUUGUUGUCAUGUUUGGAUUGUUGGGUUGCCUGUUCCUUCUUGACUCUCUUGUCAUCUCUUAUUUUGAGUUUACAAAUCUUCAACCCAGUGCAGCCUCAAAUAGUUCAAGUGUGUUUCAGGGUAGAGAUUCCUACAUCUACAGCAAACAAUCGCCAGUAUAUAUGUAUGAACGGCUUCUAAACUUGGCUUCCAGUGCUCUUGCAGAGAAGGAGUUCAAGCAAGAGUCAUCCAAUUUAUGGGUGGAACCAUUUCGGCAGGCAUCUUUAUGGAAACCUUGUGCAGAAAGAAAAGUUCAAACCAAUCCCAGGAAGCCUGUACAAAAUAAUGGCUACAUCUUAGUCAGUGCAAAUGGAGGUCUUAAUCAACAACGAGUUGCUACUUGCAAUGCUGUUGCUGUGGCAUCUCUCCUUAAUGCAACCCUAGUUAUUCCAAAAUUUCUUUACAGCAACGUGUGGAAGGAUCCAAGCCAGUUUGGUGACAUAUACCAGGAGGAGUAUUUCAUGAAUAUCUUGAAGGAUGACAUCAAGCUUGAGAAGGAACUUCCACCUCAUAUGAAAUCUCUGGAUGUAGAAGCGAUUGGUAGCCAGAUUACAGAUGCAGAUCUUGGCAAGGAGGCCACACCUGCUAACUAUAUUAAAGUUGUGCUUCCUCUUCUUUUGAAAAAUGGAGUUGUUCACUUCCUGGGAUACGGAAAUCGACUUGGUUUUGAUCCAAUGCCUUCUGAUAUUCAGAGGUUAAGAUGCAAAUGUAAUUUCCAUGCUUUGAAGUUCGUGCCAAAAAUUCAACAAAUUGGCUCGUUAUUGAUCCAAAGGAUUAGAAAAUAUGGUGCUCGACACAGCAUGUUAGACACUCAAUUGCUGGGGAAGUUCAUCCACAACAAUGAAUAUCAUGAAGCUAAAAGGGGCUCAGAAAAAUAUCUUGCUUUGCACUUGAGGUUUGAAAUAGAUAUGGUGGCCUAUUCCUUAUGUGAAUUUGGAGGUGGAGAAGAGGAGAGAAAGGAACUACAAGCUUAUAGAGAACGCCAUUUUCCUCUGUUUCUUGAGCGCUUGAAGAAGAAUUCAACCUCUAUUUCUCCAAAGCAUUUGAGAAAAUUAGGAAGAUGUCCGUUGACACCAGAAGAAGCAGCACUUGUUCUAGCAGGUCUUGGUUUUAAACGGGAAACUUACAUUUACUUGGCUGGUUCUCAUAUUUAUGGGGGAAACUCAAGAAUGGAACCCUUUACCAGCCUCUAUCCCAAUGUGAUCACAAAGGAAACCCUGCUUACAUACAAUGAACUGGAACCUUUCAGGAAUUUUUCUUCUCAGUUGGCUGCUUUGGAUUUCAUUACAUGUGCAAGUGCUGAUGUAUUUGCUAUGACUGACUCUGGUAGCCAACUUUCAUCAUUGGUAUCUGGAUUCAGAACCUACUAUGGUGGCCAUCACGCUCCUACAUUGCGGCCAAACAAGACAAGGCUAGCCGCAAUUUUGAGGGAGAAUGACACCAUAAGAUGGAACAGGUUUGAAGUCAGAGUAAAGAAGAUGAUUCUUGAAGCUCAGAAGGCUGGCAUUAGGAGUUAUGGCCGAAGCAUUUAUAGAAAUCCCAGGUGCCCUGAGUGUAUGAGCAAACACCAUUAGCUAGUCCUUGCAUUAGCAGACCAGAACACUUGUUCAUAUAAAACACUUUUGAGAUUGAGUUUCUUUAGCCAUUGUUUUUUAUUUUCUUUCCUGUAUCAUAUCUUAUUCACGAUCCUAUAUACAAAAAUAAAAUUGUUUUUUUGUUUC